CUUCUUCCUCCUUUUCCUCUUCCUCUUCCUCUUUCCUCUUAUUCCCUUCCUUCCUACGUGUCUCAAUCCUCACACAUUUUUCAUCUCAUUUUCUUCCCUCCUUCCUUCUUCUCUUUCUUCCUCCUCCUCUCUCCACUAACACUUUCAUUUCCUUCCUUCCUCCUUCCACUCCUUCCCACAUCUUUCAUUAGCGGCCUCAUUUCCUUUCCCUCCACCUCAUCUGCCUCACCUCAUCUCGACUUCUACAGAUCCGGGAGAUGGUGGCGGCGGAGGCGGAGGCGGGGGCGGAGGCAGCGGAGGUGGAGGUAGCGGAGGCCCUCACCCCUACCUGACAAGCGGGGGGUCUAUUGGGGGCGUGGGGGGUGGCAGCGGGGGGCGGGGGGCGGGCGAGUGACAAGGAGCUGCUGGGGUUGCUAAUGUCACGCUUGGUAGCAAUGGAGGCGCAGCUGUCCCACGCCAGGCAGACACUGAGACAGCGGGACUUCCACAUUGCGGUGCUGGAGGAGAAACUGAGACUGUACAUGAAGGCGGAGGAGGACGCUGUAGGAAGCAAGGUAGGGUUCCUGGACAAACUAAAGGAUUCAAGGAUGGCGUCUGUGGAGGAGAAAUGCCUCAAACUGGAGAGACAAGUGAUGGAGAUGGAGCGGUUCUUAAGUGAAUAUGGCAUGGUGUGGUGUUGAGGCUGAGGAGACUUAUCUGCUGGACAACCCCGUCAACGCCUCCUGCAGUUACUCCUCAUCAGAAGCAACUUCGCCCAACGCCACGCCCUCCCACGGCCAGAGGACACACCCCAGGGUCAGGAUUAAGCGCCACAGGAGGAACCACAAGAACAAGGAAGUGAGGCGUGUGUGGUGGCUGAGUCCACAUCAAGAAGCAUCUCCUCUGAGGCGGAACCAUUCAGUUUAGACUACGAGAAGCUGCUGGCGGCGAUAACAGAACUGAACAUCGUGGCACAGGGGGACGCGGCGGCCGAGGCUGGGGAGAGCCUACAACUGACCCUGUACAAGAACGGCAUAGUGGUGGAUGACGGGAGGUUCCGAAGCUUCGAGACAGUGCAGACGAGACAGUUCCUGCAGGAUAUUCUGGAUGGUUUCUUUCCCAGUGAGCUGCAGGACACCUACCCCGAGGUGUGUCCCCAUUAAGGUGCGCGACAAACGGCAAGUCAUCUUCCUGCCCAACUCCUCCCGCCGGAAGCCCGCCCCCCGCCCCCCUGUGCCCCCCAAGCCGCGCCUGCCCCCUGCCCCCGCCGACUCCCUCACCUCCGUCACCUCCACCCUCUUCAGCAGCAUCUCAGAGCCUGAGCCGCGCCCCCUCGACCCAGCCCUGCCCCCCGCCGACCUGGAGGAGCCCCCCUUGGCUCCUCCCUCCACGCACUCAGACGCGGGGGAUCCUUCGCGGCUGUGCCCUGAGGUGGACUACCGCAGCGAGUCUAGCGACGUGAGCAGCGGCAGGAACUCCCUCCAGCGGGGCAGCGAUAAAUCCGAGGGGGAGGGGAAAACGGAAGGACGGCGCGGCAGUGAGGGGCGAGGGGGUGAAGGGCGCGGUGGCAGUGAACGCCGUGGCAGUGAGGGGCGGGGCAGUGAGGGCGGCAG